CUGAACUUUAUGCCGAAAACCAAAGCACAUAUGAACAAAAUUAUGUGAGCGUGAAAAUAAUCUGUGGCAUUUGUGAGCAAGUCUUCAAAAGAAGUGGAAAGUUUUGCACAUUCUUCGCUUAGUUUAAAAAUUGUGUGCGGUUCGCUGUGGAUUAUCCGAUAGACCCGAAAAUGGACGACGAGAGCGAUGACAAGGAUGAUACGAAAAGCUUCCUUUGCAGAAAGUCGCGCAAUCUCAGCGAGAAGAAGCGACGGGAUCAGUUCAACUCGCUGGUCAACGAUCUCAGCGCCCUGAUAUCCACGUCCAGCAGAAAGAUGGACAAGUCCACGGUUCUGAAGUCCACGAUAGCCUUCCUGAAGAAUCAUAAUGAGGCCACCGAUCGCUCGAAGGUUUUCGAGAUCCAACAAGACUGGAAGCCCACGUUCCUGAGCAACGAUGAGUACACCCAUUUGAUGCUGGAGUCUUUGGAUGGAUUCAUGAUGGUCUUUAGCAGCAUGGGCUCCAUAUUCUACGCCUCGGAAAGUAUUACCUCCCAGCUGGGCUACCUGCCGCAAGAUCUGUACAACAUGACCAUCUACGACUUGGCCUACGAGAUGGACCACGAGGCGCUGCUGAAUAUCUUCAUGAAUCCCACGCCGGUGAUCGAGCCCCGGCAGACGGACAUCAGUUCCACCAACCAGAUCACUUUCUACACCCAUCUGAGACGCGGCGGAAUGGAGAAGGUGGAUGCGAAUGCCUACGAGCUGGUCAAAUUUGUGGGUUACUUUCGUAACGAUACCAAUACUUCGACGGCCUCCAGUUCGGAGGUUUCGAAUGGCUCCAACGGACAGCCGGCAGUGCUGCCCCGCAUCUUUCAGCAGAAUCCCAGUGCCGAGGUGGACAAAAAGCUGGUUUUCGUGGGCACCGGACGCGUCCAGAAUCCCCAGUUGAUCCGGGAAAUGAGCAUCAUCGAUCCCACCAGCAACGAAUUCACCUCUAAGCACAGCAUGGAGUGGAAGUUUCUGUUCCUGGACCACCGGGCGCCUCCGAUCAUUGGUUACAUGCCCUUCGAGGUUCUGGGCACUUCGGGUUAUGAUUACUACCAUUUCGACGAUCUGGAUAGCAUUGUGGCGUGUCAUGAAGAACUAAGACAGACGGGCGAGGGAAAAUCCUGCUAUUACCGAUUCCUCACCAAGGGCCAACAGUGGAUCUGGCUGCAAACGGACUACUAUGUGAGCUACCACCAGUUCAACUCCAAGCCGGACUACGUGGUCUGCACCCACAAGGUGGUCAGCUAUGCGGAGGUCCUCAAGGAGAGUCGCAAGGAGGGUGAAAAGAGUGAGAGAAAUAGCAGCAGUAACAACAAUGGGAGCAGCAGCAAGGUCUUGGCCUCCACGGCCAACAGCAGCAAAUCCGCCUCGGCCACCACAACGCUGAGGGAUUUCGAGCUGAGUAGCCAGAAUCUGGAUAGCACUUUGCUAGGAAAUAGCCUGGCCAAUUUGGGCAAUGAAACGACCGCCACUUCACCCGCCGUCGACUCUUCACCCAUGUGGUCCGCAUCGGCUGCCCAACCCUCUGGAUCCUGCCAACUGAAUCCCCUGAAGACUUCGCGACCCGCCUCGAGCUACGGAAACAUCAGCUCCACGGGCAUUUCGCCAAAGGCCAAGCGAAAGUGCUACUUCUACAAUAAUCGGGGAAAUGACUCGGAUUCCACGUCCAUUUCGGCGGAUUCGGUCACCAGUCGACAGUCCAUGAUGACGCACGUCAGUUCGCAAAGCCAACGACAGCGAUCGCACCACCGGGACCACCAUCGAGAGCAUCACCACAGUCAGUCGCACCAUCACCUGCAGCAGCAACAGCAUCAGAACCAGCAGCACCAGAGUCAGCAGCAGCAGCAACAGCAGCAACAUCAGCAGCAUCUGCAGCUGCAACAGCAACUGCAGCAUUCGGUGGGCACUCCGAAGCUGGUGCCCCUGCUGCCGAUGGCGCCCACGCAAAUAAUGGCGGGAAAUGCGUGCCAGUUUCCGCAGCCCGCCUAUCCGCUGGCUAGUCCCCAGCUGGUGGCGCCCACCUUCCUGGAGCCGCCGCAAUAUCUCACCGCCAUACCAAUGCAACCUGUGAUCGCCCCCUUUCCGGUGGCGCCCGUCCUGUCGCCCAUUCCGGUGCAGGCCCAGCCGGACCUCCUGCCCGAUACCGUGGUGAUGACGCCCACGCAGAGCCAGCUGCAGGAUCAGCUGCAGCGGAAGCACGACGAGCUGCAGAAGCUGAUCCUGCAGCAGCAGAACGAGCUGAGGAUCGUCUCGGAGCAGCUGCUCCUCUCCCGCUACACCUACCUGCAGCCCAUGAUGUCGAUGGGCCUGGCCACUGGCAACAUGGCAGCUGCGGCGGUGGGGAACAUGGCAGUGGGCGUGGGAGUGGGCGUGGGAGCUGGUGGCCAGCGGGGACUGAACUUCACCGGCAGCAAUGCCGUCCAGCCGCAGUUCAAUCAGUAUGGCUUCGCUUUGAACUCGGAGCAGAUGCU